AUGCAGAACAGUAUACUUCCAUCAGAGUAUAUAAAACAAAUGUCAUUGACAACGGAAGAUAGAAUGAGUUAUCUAAUUAAACCAAAUAUCGAUAAAAAUCUUCGAUCUAUCCUUAAUUAUCCAGAGAAUAAUCCUUUCAAACCAAUACCAGCUCUCAUUAUAUUUCAACAAUUUUUUCCUGGCGAAGUUUAUAACGCUACUCUCACCAUUCGUAAUUCUGGUCAGAUCUCGAAGAAUCUGAAAGCAUGCUUCGAACAGAACCCUUUCUUCGAUAUCGAAUUACGUGGAUCUUCUUAUAAUGUAAUGUUAGCACCAGGACUAGCCCAGAUUUAUAAUAUCAAAUUUAUGCCGGAAGAAAAACGAGAUUAUAAAUAUCAGGCAAUGUUCUGUGCUGACGACGAUAUUAUUUAUGUUCCAAUAAUUGCAAUUGGUCCCAGACCUAUUCUGGACAUUCCUGAUACUAUCGAAGUACCAAACACUGCAGUUAAGAUUUCUUCGUCGAAAACUAUUCUAAUACGCAAUAUCGGAACAAUUUCGGGCUUUUUUACUUUCUUCACUGACAGUUCGUGUUUUCGUAUCGAACCAUCAAGUGGUUUAAUCGACGAGGAAGAAUCGAUUCAAUUUACUAUUUAUUUCUUAUCCGAUAAUGCCGGAGAAUUUGAAGCUAAUCUUUUUAUCAAGAAUGAGACUGGUGAGGUCCUUCAAACAAAAUUACGAAGUUCAGCAGUGAAUUGUACUAUUCGAUUAGACAGAGGCAGUGUCAAAAUGGAGAAUACUUAUUUAGGCAUGUCCAGAAGUAAAAUUCUUACAAUUCACAAUAGAAGCGAUUACAUCGUUAAAUAUCAAUGGAUGUGUUACGAAAGUAGCAAAAAAGAUAAUGCAAGAAAAGAAAAAUAUAAAAAAUUAUUCAAACUAAUAAACGAAAUGGAAAUCGUACGAUUUGUCAGUAUGGAAUAUUACAACAUUUGCACUUCUGAUAUUCACAAACUCGUCUGCCAAAGAAUUUACAGGGAUGAGAUAGUCUCAUUGAUGAAUGAAAAUUUUCAAUACAAUAACUUAUAUUUUCUGAUUACUCCUAUAAAAGGUGAAAUAUGGCCGCAUUCAUCAUCAGACGUGACGAUACUCUUUCAAGCUUUAGAAGUUGGCGAAAUUUGUAGCACAGCUUAUUUGGAAGUAUCCGGCCGAGAGGACAGGAUACCUUUGAACCUAUGUGGCAUAGGCAAAGGACCAGUCUUCUGUUUGAACGUCAUCACGAUCGAUGUGGAUAAAAUAUACAUGUAUUCCGAAUAUUAUUACGAGAUAGUUGCUGCGAAUAAAGGACAUAUAAAUGGCACGCUGAUAUAUAAACCAAAUCAGACUCAAUUCGGUGGGAUAAUUAAUGUCAAUCCUAAAUCGCUUAUUAUCAAACCAGGAGACUACAAGUCGUUCAAUUUAUCAUUUUCCUCUGACCGAAAGGGUGACUUUCUGGAACGUGUGGAUUUCACUGUUAAGGAAAGUCUCGAAAUUAUUUCAUUACAUAUUAAAGGACGCGUUAUAUAUCCUAGGUUACAUUUUGAUAAGAGAUGCUUAGAAUUUGGUGUGAUUCCUUUAGGAUUUAAUACCAAACAGGAAGUAUGUCUUCAUAAUUUAUCCACCAUUCCGGUAAAAUACAGUAUUACUGUAUUGAACGAUGGCUCAGAAGACCCUUUAACUUAUGAAGACUUUGCCAACUCGAAUGCCAAAUUAAGUUUUCCAUCUAAUCCACGGGAAUUUUUAAUCCAACCUAACGAAGGUGUAGUCCCUAAACGGAGUUUCUUGAAAAUCCGGAUUAUCUACAAUCCAAAUAUCAUUCGAAUUGAACAUUCUUUCCUUCGAGUCGAUAUGUGGAACUCCCAAUCCGAUCCAUUGAUGUUACCAAUCUCAUUCGGUGGGAGCAUAGCUUCGCUUUCGAUCAAACCAUCGGAGAUAUCAAUUCGAUUUUGUUUCAUAAACUUCCCUUAUACAAGGACCUUCGAUGUAGAGAACGAAUCCGAUCUCGAUAGUUAUUUUUAUAUUCUACCACAAUCGGUAUCCGACAACCAAACGUCAAUUUAUUAUUCCAUGUCAACCUAUCAAGGUCUCAUCAAGGCACAUCAAUCAAAAACUAUCAAGGUGACUCUUAUUACGAAAUCCAUUGGUAAACAGAGUACCAUGAUCAAGUAUGAUUACUUUUUAUCUUGA